AUGGCGUCUCAGGUGCAUGUAUCCUUUCCCCAUCACGUGGUUCGAACAGAGUGCCGUAGGCGGAGUGGAAGAAACCGCACGGCUACAGUUCCGGGAAAGAUGCCGACCGGAGCUGACAAGAAAGAUCAAGACCACGAUCACUGGCGUAAAAGGGAGGCGGAGUGGGCAGGCUGGGGUGUUCAGAAAGCUUCUGACAAAAAGAUGGCCGACACGAAGGAGAAGCGCGACGACGCGCGUGAGGUGCACGAGGCCAACCAGAAGAAAAGAGAGGAGGAUUUGGAGGCUACUUCUUCAACACCGCACGUAACCGAGAGGCAGGAGGAGGGUUCCCUCGGAAACAGAGCGAAAACAACAGCCGCUGCGAUUCCUGAAGACAAUCGUCUCGAGGCUAUGGACGUUGACGGCGUUGGUGGCGACGUUGGUGGCGACUUUGGUGGAGAUGGCAGCAAUGACGACGGUGGCAGCGGUGGCGGCAGCUGUAGCGGUGGCAGUAGUGGCAGCGACAGAGGGACAUGGAACGGGGGUGGUCCCGUGCGAAAGGUCGCGUAUAAGCAACGACCAAAGCUGUACGCUUCUACCAAAAUAAUUGCACGCCUGGUUGAGCCGUGGCAGGACGGAAGUCGCGAGUGGAUGGAAAGAAAAAGAGAGUCGGGUGGUGAAAAAGCUCAAGAGAGGGAUGGUACGUUAUCCCGCGCAGCAAAUGAACCAAGAGGAAACACUUCGAUACCGGUCAUGGUCAAACUACUGGGUGAUGGCCUUUGUACUGACCAGGGAAAGGGUGACAUCGAGAUCUCAGACGGGGUGUACUACAAGCGUGCCGAGUUAAGGAACUUGCAGUAUUACUACGACAAGUCCUACGUGCUCGACCCGCAGAACAUCUGGGUGGUUUUCGGCCAGACGAGGGUCAAGAUCGAUGGCGGGGUCCACGUGGUGAAAUCAGUCGAUCACGGCAAAUACACACUGGAAGGUCGGGAAUCCACAAUUACCCAGUGGGAGCUGCUGGAAAAACGGUGCGAUGAGGGGGUGACACUGUACACCGACCUCCGGCGGUUCAUCCUCCAUCUGGUGACAAAGUAUACGGUCAUGAUGGGUUCGGUUGUACCGGCUCUCACCGGCGUGUUAACUGUGAUGCUCUGGAACCCGAAUGAUGCCGUGGCCAAUAAGUGUGGUGACGACACAGAUCCGGAGAGCAACAUGAAGACCAGCGAGCUGAUGUCGAUCAAAGAGCGCGUGGAUACUCUGCGGGACUUGUCCAAGUUGUUGACGUGUGCUUACCGAUCGGGCCGCCCGGGUAACCUCCUCGAAGCAUAUCAACCAUGUACUCUGCAAGAAUGCAAGCUCUUGCAAGAACAUCAUAGCCAGUGGUCCGCCAACAUCACACACAGCCUGAAAAGUCUGAGCGUUCGUGACACAAGGAGCGCCAAUGUCAGCGACAGCGAGCUCGGAGGAGACAUGUCGUACGCGUUGCGUUUCGCUCUGGCGCGAUGCAAAACGUUUGUUCACAACAUGCCACCAGUGGUUGUCGUUGGAUGUGGGAUCAGGGACGCGGCCAAGUACGGGCGGGUAGGCCUGCACUCGUUGGACACGACGUUCUUCAGCCACGCAAGGUUUGGCCCUCGUCUUCUCGAGCACGUACUGGGUGCCGACAGCAGCCACGGUGCGGUGCAGAAGACCCUGGAUCACUGCCAUUCCUUCUUCCAGAACGCAAGGAAUCUGCGAAAACACGUCGGAGCUUAUACCAACGGCGGUGUCGGAGACGGGAUAAAGCUCCGUAAACAGAGGGUCCCAUUGGUGGAGGACACACCAGAGGCGAGGGAGGAAGCGAUGGACAUGUUUAUGGGGGCCAUGUCCGCCAACGGGUGCCAGCGCGUGAUGGAAGCCGUUGAGACAAUAGACCCCGGUUUCGUCGAAAGGGGGCUGGACCGUCUCACGGAAGCGAAGACCGCUUCCACGCUUUUCGAAUUGGAUGGCAUCGGUGGAGAAGAGCAUCUGCUCGGCAAAACGCCCGAGGAAGUCGCAGAGGGUGAAAAGAGUGUGGUGAAGCUGCUGCAGGCCCUGGAAGAGGAUGGCAUCGAUUCCGAAGACUUUGUAGUCUUCAGCGUCGCUACGCAUCUGGCAAUGCUUUUCAACGGAGCCACCCUACGCCCCCAAGAUUUCUUCGGACUGACGGAGUCCGCCGAAGAAUCUUUGUCGACAGUCUGCAUGGAACACGGCGUGGAGGGCGCAGAACUUGUGCGGUGGUUGGCGGUGAUGGCACUGGUUGGGCGGCCGUUCCUCAAGAAAGCCAACGGAGGGGAGCUAGACACAAGGUUCGGUCCGCUGGGAAUAGAUGGGAAGGCUCUCAGCCAAGGUGUAUUCGGCACCAUACUCGAAGAAACCGGGUUGGCGUUCUUCGGGUUGGACAAUGUUGACGUCAACGCCCUUCGGACCGCCCAGGUCACGCUGGCCGUCGAGUACGUCAUCAAGCUUGGAUUCACCCUGGACGCCAUGUGUCUCGAUGAGCUAGCUAAAGAAACUUCGGGAGCAAAAAAUGUCACACUUUUUCCCUUAACACCACACCCACCUCAGAACGUCACCGACAUCUACAACGCGAGACGCUCCGACCCGGUCAGCGCGACAAAGAAGUGCAAGGAGGGGGAAGUGUCUUUCAAGGGGGGCAUCAGGAGAAUGCUGGACGAGAGACGUGGCCGGCUCAGCGGGGGAUCGGACACCCCCUCGGAUAUCAGCAGCACGACCGAUGAAGACCUUGACGUGCACUUCAUCCGAGUCGAGAAGGAGCUGAAGUUGAGGACGAAGGAACUCGAGUUGGCGAGGGUGGAGGACGAACUGCGCCUCCGCAAGUCUGACGCAUGGUUCGUGGCCGGCCCUGCCGUUGGCGCCGUACCUGCCACCGGCUCUUAUGGUGCUGCACCCGCUUCUGGUGCGGCUGUGUCGAAACAGCCCAAGCAAGGCCGGCGCCUGUACAAGAAGAAGACGCCUCGGACAACCGACGAGGCCAAACGCGAAGGGGUGAAGGCGAUGGUGAAGGCGAUUGGUGAAGCCUUCCAGCGGGCCAAGGUCAGGACCGAGGUCAACGACAAGAGAGACGGUGUUCAUCACUACAUGGCUUUGCCCAGCAACCAAGCUUCGAGGUUUUAUCUGGUUCGGUACUUGGUGAAGAACGACGCCGAAUUCGCCCCAGGGGCAUGGUACGUCAACAGCAAGCAUCCCACGGCCAAAGGCUCCAUCGCCUUCGAUGAGCUAGUUGGUUUGGUACAGGACCAGGUCGAGGAUUUCCACUGGAGUUCGUGGCGCGACAUGUAG